ACAUGUCCGAGGUUCCAGCCAGAAAAUCUUGAAACUAACAAACUAGUAUUCGAAAGGGUCAGUGAAAUGGCUACAAGGAAAGGUUGCACCCCCUCCCAACUAGCAUUGGCUUGGGUUCAUCACCAAGGAGAUGAUGUUUGUCCUAUACCUGGUACCACUAAGAUCGAGAACUUUAACCAGAAUAUUCAAGCUUUGUCUGUUAAAUUGACACCAGAAGAGAUGGCUGAACUUGAAUCCUAUGCUUCAGCCAAUGUGGUUAAGGGCGAUAGACACACUUACAUGGCAAGCACAUGGAUAAACUCAGAGACUCCCCCAUUAUCCUCUUGGAAGCCCGAGUAG